UUUUGUUUGACAACUCAGCUGUCAGCUGACAAGACAUGAAACCCCGCACUAUUAAAAAAUUAUUGGAAUUUGGAAAUAAAAACACAAUAAAACUGUUCUAUACUAGUUUAGUGAAAAUUGAUUAUGAAUUUUCUAUGUAACGCACUUAGCAUUGUCAGUGUCACCAGUAUUUAUUUCUACAAAUUCUCAUUGCAAUGCUGUGUUUUCGAUGAACGAAUUUCAUUAUCAAUAUUGUUUUUGAAUGACGUGUAAUGUUUCCAACGGCGGACUCUGAGGAUAUUUCGCAGGUCACGUCAUUAACAACAAAGUCAGCUGCUUCUAGCGAUGCCCAAAACUCGGUUGAAAAUACUCAAGUCGCAACACAACCGAGCAACAGGGAGUUAACACUCAACAUGUUAAUUAAAGAGAUGUUAUUUUGUUUGGCCCUGGCCCUGACCACGUACGGGGCCCUGCACAACACACCUACAAAGGUAUCCAAACAUCCACAAGCCACAAGGUUUUUCAGACCAGACUCAGUAGUUCAGGAUUGGUACAGAGGUCAGCUCAACAAUGUGCUAGCCAGUGUCAACCGCGUGGAUGUUUCAUUUGUUAUGUAUUACGCACCGUGGGACGCAGAGUCCCAGUAUGUAAGGGGAGAGUUUGAGAAAGCUGCUUAUAUAUUAAAAGAUCGUGUUCUGUUUUCUGCAAUAAACUGUUGGAACCCAGGAAGUGAAUGUAGGUUACAUAAUAGUAAAAUAUCAUCAUGGCCUAUUUUAAUGGCUUAUACAACCAUAUCAACAGGAAUACUUUACUAUGGACCUCGAGAUGCUCACAGUAUGGUGAACUUUUUAGAAAUUAUGAUGAAGCCCUUGAAAAGAGUGUCAUCAUCUGAGGAGCUUGUCAAUUUACUCUCGCGUUGCGAUGCAGUAGCAGUUGGGUACACUCCGUUAACUGACACGUCAAAGUAUUACAAUACUUGGUACACUGUCGCGUUAAAGUCCCGGGAGGCAGAUAUUCUUGGAGAGAUAUGUUUCGCGGCUGUCACGGCCGAGGAACUUGCGGCCGAGUUAGGCGUCGAAAGUGUGCCGAAUGCUCGGCUCAUGUUGUGGAAUGAUACCAAGGAGUACAUAUCACGAGACGGUGAUCUACAAGCUUGGAACCACUCAUCGCUAAUGCAUUGGGUUUUGGACAACUUCUCACAGCCAGUGGCGAGAAUAAUGCCGUUGUGGCGAAAGGCGUUCAAUUUCGAGAGAUAUGUCGACGGCAAUCCAAUAUUAAUACUCUUUACUCCACUCAAUCCGCUGUAUGAACAACUGCCGUCGUACGCCUUGAUGCGUGAAGUAGCAAUGGAAUACUACAACUGUAAGGGCAAGCCCAGUAGUCAAUGGACGUCAGAACUACAAAAAUUACAACAAGUACAGAGAUUAAUGUAUCAACAAAAGAACUACACAAAGUUUUGUAAUGAGUUCAAAUUCAAGAAACCUAUAAGAAAACAAAGCAGGUUCUUCAAGAAAGGGGUCGAGUCCCAAAAUAAUAAAUACCCAUGGUAUAAUUCUACCCAUAAACAUCACAAGAAUGGAGUUUUUAAUUUCCUAUUAAAAAGAGGUUUUACUACUUCGAAAGCUGUUGAAAGUGUUGAGGAGAGCUCUCAGUUGCUCUCAUCACUAGACUGGUUGCAAGAAUGUGGUAUGAAGGCGUUGCCGGCUGAAAGGAGUUUUUAUGAGCACUACGAACAGUGUCAGUCCUUUGAAGAAAGCUUCAAUCAUGAUCACGAUGUUCCCGAAGUUGAAGAAGUAGAAACUACAAUGCUGCCAUUUGAAGACGACCCACUAUCACCCGAUAACCUUCUACAAGACAGUGUGAAACACUUUUGUAAAGUAUUUCGGUUUGCACAAGAGUGGGGAGCGCCUAUCUAUCCCUCCCGGCAACCAGAUGUCGAUGAACGUCGGAUAAAUAUAACGCAUAUUGAAGGAUUGUCAUGUGCGCGAAACUUCAGCUUACACAUGAUCGCUGUCGAUAGCGUGAGGAACCAUCACUUUGCUGAAUCGCUUGGCAUUGAUAUCAGUAAUAAGAAGGAUAUGACUGCAGUCGUUAUUCUGGAUAGCAAGCACGAAAGCCAGUACGUAUUGUCAGAGGAAUACAACGCUAAGUCAAUAAGGGAGUUCAUAUCGAACUUCACGAACAAAGAUCUGAAGCGUUCGCUUCGCUCGCACGUGUACGAUACUGCUCACACACAUUACUUCGGCUCCGACGGCGAGACAGCACAGAUGGGCAUCAGCAAUACCUCCGUGUAUAUAGAAGACCUCACUUCCAGAGGUUUCAGGAGAAUGGUGAAGACUCCGGGCACGAUGACGCUGGUGGCGGUAUGCGGCGGCGCGUGCAGCGCUCUGACGUCACGCGCGCUGUGGGCGGCGCGGCGGCUGCUGGCGCCGUGCGGCCUGCGCCUGCGCCUGGCGCGCCUGGACGCGCUGCGCCACGACCUUCCCUGGCACUACACCGUGCACCACUACCCCACGCUGCUUGUGUUCCCCGCGCACAGGCGCGGUGAGGCAGACAGCCAGUCGUACCCGAGCGAGGAGCGCGUGACGGCGGCGGGCGUGGUGGCGCUGGCGCUGCGCUCGCUGGCCGCGCCGCAGCACUUGCGCGUCCGCCUCGCCUUGUGCUCGGCUGUGCAGAGUCUAACCGACAAAAGGAUAUGUCUAAAAGACAUAAAGGAGCACGUGACAUCUGUCAUCGGCAGGAAUCUUAAGUAUUGGAGACAGGUUGAAGACAAUGAGCUUAAAGAAGCCUUAUUUAAAAGACUGCAACACUUACACACACUUGCUUUGGACUUAAGUUUAUUUCAUAUAACCGAUCUCAGUCCGAAUUGUGUGAAACAGACAUCACUACUGGACUCCCUUAGCAUACUAGCCAAGAACUGGGAUAUCGAUAUCUCAGUAACAAGAAAUAAUGCCACUUUCACAUCACUACGAGAGAGAAGUUGAUAUUAGAUUUAACUUUGUAAAUAGUGUACAUUGCUCAUAUAGAAAUAUGUAACUAUGUUAUUUAUUUUUGAAGCCCGAAGUACUAUUAAAUGUUGAAAACAAAUAUA